UGCAUCCGACUGGUCAGUACUCGGCAUCGAGAUGAAGUGGUUUAGUUUGUUCCUGGUAUUCGGGAUCCUCGGGCUCAUCGGCAGCCUGGGCACCCUCACCAUGGCGGAGCCCGUUCCGGAGCCCAAGGGCCGUCCGCACACAACUCGACGUCCCCGGAACGACAAUGACAGCGAUCGCCGCUAGCAACCCGAGCGGAUGGAGGACAUGGGGGACAAGGAGAUGGAGGUGGACAGGCCUUCCCGCAGAUGCACCGAACCACAGCAGACACAGGAGGCACAUCGACUCUCGGUGAAGGUCAAAUGUUUUGGAGUUGAGAAAAUGCAAUAUGUUGAGGUCCUGCUCAUCUAGCGGGCGGGAUCUCCCCGAGCACAAUAAAGACGCGUGCGCUUACAACAGA